AUGGCGGCGACGGUAGCCCACGCGAGCCACGUUCCGAACCAGGUUGGAGGAGGACUGUCAAAGAUGAUGGGUGGCGGCAGCAGUAAUGGACACAGUCAGGGGCAGCAGCAACAUGCCGACGCUGGGGUUGGACCCAUCACAAGUCGCAAGCUUACACCUCAGGAUUUUCGUGUUGUGAGGACGCUCGGCACAGGUACCUUUGCCCGUGUUUGUCUUGUACGGCCGGCCAACGCCACCGAGGAGGAGCGGGACACGGUCUUUGCUCUCAAGAUUUUGCGCAAAACAGAAGUCAUCAAGCUCAAGCAAAUCGACCACGUUCGCCAUGAGCGCCUUAUCCUCGGUGACGUUGCCGGCCACCCUUUUAUCACAAAUCUCAUCACCUCCUUCUCGGAUCGAGACCACCUGUACAUGCUUCUGGACUACGUCCCCGGUGGCGAGCUAUUCAGCUACCUACGCAAGUUCCGGCGGUUCGAGGAGGAGACGGCACGCUUCUAUGCUGCAGAGAUCGUUCUUGUGCUUGAAUAUCUGCAUGAGCAGCAAGGGAGAGUCGCAUACCGUGAUCUGAAGCCUGAAAACCUUCUCCUAGACCAGGACGGUCAUAUCAAGUUGGUAGACUUCGGCUUCGCCAAGAGGUUAAGCAAUAGCGCUGGGCAACCCAUCGAGACGUAUACCCUGUGCGGAACCCCCGAAUAUCUCGCCCCGGAAGUGAUCCAUAACAAGGGCCACACGACAGCGGUCGACUGGUGGGCACUGGGUAUUUUGAUAUAUGAAUUUCUGACGGGGUACCCGCCGUUCUGGCAUCAGAAUCCUAUUGAAAUCUAUAAACAGAUUGUUGAGAAACCAGUCAUGUUCCCGCAAGAUCCGCCAGUAUCUCCCGAAGCGCAAGAUCUUAUCAGAUCUUUCUGUACCGUAGACCGGUCCCGACGGUUGGGCAACAUCAGCGGAGGGGCCGCCAAGGUCAAAGAGCAUCCCUUCUUUCGGGGGGUUAACUGGGACGACCUCUACCACCGGAAAGUCCGCGGUCCGAUUAUCCCGCCCAUUCGAUAUCCGGGUGACGCGCAAUGUUUCGACAUUUACCCUGAAGACGACGGCAAGCGAGAGACAUAUACGGAAGAUAUGGUCCAAAAAUAUGACCAUUACUUCAAAGACUUUUGA